AGACUGACCUGCUGUGCACCGAGGAGGAGCCAUGAUCGACCUGAGCCACCUGACGGAGGAGGAGCAGGGGAAGAUAAUGAUGGUGCUGAGGAGGGACCUUGAGCUGAAGAAGUCUGAGGGGGAGAGAAUCAGGUCCAAUAUACGUGUAGUUUGACUUUUUUUUCUGAUACGUGAGCUGAGAUGUUCCGGUUGAAUAUUAAAUCUGCCAUGUUGUCCAGCUAAUGUCAUUUUAUUGAUUUAAUAAGGCCAUAUAUUGCCCGUCUUGUGAGCAGAAGCCUCUGUGGGACAGUAAACAUGCCCACCGUGGCUCUAAUAAUGUAACACAAUAAAAGCCUGGCCGGACACAGACGCUGCUUCCAUCACAGAGAAUCCUCAGUGUGAGGUGAGCAAUUGGAUUAGAGCCUCGUAAGCGUUCGCACACGGGAGAGCAUCACACUGCCGGCGGUCAGGAAGAGAAGCCAUUAAACACACAGCGGUGGGAGACACGAACCUGUGAAGGACCUCAGGUCCCCACCGUUGUGUAGUUUGAGUCUCAGCAGCGUCAGAGGCGAGGAAAAGCUCACACUGACGUAAAGUCCGUCCGACUCCUCACAAACGUUCCGCCUUCGUGGUCUGUUUUCAAUUUGAAUGUCAUGGAACAAUCCGCUUUUGAUCGUGGGUUUGAUGGAAUUUGAAGCCUACUGUGUCUCGGCCAGUCAGCUGUAAAAGGAUUAGGCCCACAGCCUGUAAUAAUGCGCCAGCCCGUCUUCACAUGACUCGCGUGGUCCGGCGUCAAAAGGAAAGAUGAGUCGGAUCAGUCGCAGGAAUUUGUUCUUUUACUCUCUGUGAUUCAAUUUGAACUUGAUGGAACUGUUUUCUGGAUUCCUUCCGUUCCCUCCAAAGGUCAUGUGCAAAUGGUAAAUUAAGCUGAAAACUAACAGAGAACAGCAGGAAAUACUGCGUAUGAUGCGCUUAAACAUAAUAUUAACUCGAUUUAAUUACGUUGGUUUAUGUGGCACUAAAUAACAGCAGACAUCAUCUCAGAUGUUUGUCCCAAGUCUGUGAAACCUCUGGCGAUAUUAUGACCUUUGACCUUUUAUGAUGUUUUAUUUAAAUGAUGGAAAUAGCAAUUUGUGUGUGUGUGUGUGUGUGUGUGUGUGUGUGUGUGUGUGUGUGUGUGUGUGUGUGUGGUCUAGCUUCAGAACAGCCUCUGGUGAUUUGUGUCUUCUCUGUCUGCACUGGGUUUCAUGUUUCUCCUCAUAUUUAGUGAUCAACACUGCCGAAAUGCAAACAAGUGUCAGAUUCUCUGCUCGUGUGUGUUUGUGCGUGCGUUUGUGUCCAUGCCGUGUGCUUUUGUUCACAAUGGAGUCGUCAAAGAACCGCUGGUCGCUACCGGCAUCUGUACAUGCUUCCUUUGUGUUUCCUUAAUUGUUCUUAGGAAACUGGAGACAGUGCUGAGCAGCGGCUCACCGUCAGACAGCAAGCUGAAGUAUUUGACCGGAGAGUGGUUUUACGAAGCCAAAUCCCGCAGACACACGGACAAGAUCCACGGCUCAGACAUAAUCCUGGCCUCAAUGAAACAGAGGAAAGCCGCCGGUUUAGAUGGGUCUCUCAGACUCGAAAGGCCCAGGAUCCCCAGCAGCCGGGCUGCAGAAAGCGUCCCUCCGUCGAAACCCGCCAGAUGUUUGGAGGCGACACAGCCGCAGCAGAUAAAUGAUGCAGAGAAGGAGAAUGUUCACUCUGGGUUCCGCUCUCCGCGAAUGCAGAGGCACAACCCUUUCAACCGCGCAUCACUUAUUCCUGUGGAACCUCCUGAAAGUAAUAUGGACACGUCACCCGUUUGGGACCAAGUCUCACCCAACAAAGAACUCGCGUCUCCGCUGAAGAAUCCCCUUCGAGGUGAACUUGCUCAGACUUCAGGAGGCUCUCUGACGUCAGAGGGCUCCUCCGCCGGGUUCAGGCCAGUCCCGAAGAAGAGGACUUUCCUUCCAAGACGCAGUCAUUCGGAAACCAGCGAUCCGGGAUUUGAUGCACAGGUUCGGCCAGAGGGAGUCGUCCCUGCUCCCAGGACAAGCCUUCAGCGGGGGUCCAGUGGGAGCUCCAACCAGUCGAGGGGCCGGGAUGAGAUGCCCCAGAGAGGUGCAGCCGCGGCGUAUAACAAGAUACCUCAGCCGCUCAGCUCCGCACAAGACGCCUCGAAUUCCCAUCUGGAGAUGAACUGGAAGCCACCUUCACCCGCAAGAGACAGAGGUGAAACAUUCACAGAAAACCAAAGCACACAGAAAGCAGGAGACGCUCAGGCACAAAGAGAAUGUGUGGGGGUGAAAACUGUCAUCCUACCAAAGGACAUUUUUAAAGACUCAGGUUAUGAAAACACCGGCAGUGUGGUCAGAGAAAUGGAGAGUUCCACCCACAGCAUUGUGGAUCCAGAGCCUCCUGUCUCCUAUGAUCUCAAGUUCAUUGAUAAAACUGAUCAGCAAGCACAAUACAAAUCAAAUCCGAAACAUGUCUUCAAGUUAUCCACUCAGGUCACCAGUCCCACUGGUGAUGAAGACUCCAUUGCCAAGGUGCUGGACUGGUUCAGUCGCAGCACAGACAGCAGUGACUGGUUAAAAAGACAAGAUGAUCCUGGGGCUGCAGAGAUCUCUGAGAAACACGCAGAAAGCAACAAAAUAAAAUAUGAGGAGUCAUUGAGGAAUGACAAUGGGAACAUUUAUAGGAGGGAAGAGGCUCUCGAAAUGGAGAGAGGUCAAAGACAGACCAAUGAGGCUCUGGGGGUUAGAGACAACAAGACACAGAAUGAGGAGAUGGUGGCAGAUAGUAGAGAAAGAAGAAUGCAGCCACAGGAGGUGGAAGAUAAUGACGAUGACUGGCAGUCGCCCAGAAUAUGUCAUCAGAAGUCUUUCUGGGAGAAAAGCAACAAUGGCCUGAAAAUGCUUAUCAGCAAAUCAGUCGCGCCCAGCGACAGUGAACAAAAACCUGCUCACCAGCCAGCAGGGAAAAAGGAGGCGAGCGUGAGCAAACAACAUGGAGUGUUUAAUAUGCCCUUUGGGAUAAACAGCAGGAACGGAAGCGAUCAAAGGAUAGCGGAUAAUACCGACGGGCUUCACUUAGAUGUGAACAUGCAGCACCGUCCGGUAGUAAACACGCAUGACCCAACACAUGAUGACCUUUUGAAUGUACAGCCCAAGCCCCAAGACAGAAGAAGUGCAGAGGUCUCACAUGCAAGCAGACCCGGCCCCCAGUCCAGGACAGCUGUCCAGUCUAGAGGAACUCCAGCUCAACCAAAUCAACAACCUGUUACCUCCCAGGUCCCAGAAGAGCUGACAAAGACCCUGUCUGUGCCUGGACUGGAUGUAGAUGUCAAGCCAAACGACAGUCCUGCACCGGAGAAGAUCGGUUUGUCCAGAAACAGCCUGAGCAUGGCCUUCAGUCUAGAUGAGAAUGAUGGACAGGUCGACGCUAAAAGAAGCAUUUGUAGACAGUCAAGUGACGUCAUCAUGAGGAUGGACAGAGAGGAUGAAGAUCCUAACAUGGACCAACGAGCUUCGCCACAAGAAGGUAGAGCAGAGAAGAUAAAGCAGCUGAGAUCUUUCUGGGAGCAGGAGAUGAACAAACCCACGCUCUACAAGGACAAACCUAAGGUGGAUGGGAAAGUUUAUCACCGUGCAAACCGGGCAAGACUGAAUAAAAGAUUUACCAAGUCUGAGUACGAUCUGAGGUCAGUUGGAAACGAUUCUGAUGGCGACGCUGACGACUCCAACAGAAACCAUCCGAACUUUACUGUUGUUCCUUUGAAUCAGCGAAUGGAGAGUUUGUCCCCCAGCCUGAACAUGAGCAGAUCGAAUUUCAACACGCUGCGUGUGUUCUGGGACGAGGCCGCGGCAGAAGCCAGGGCGCCAUUGUCUCAUGACAAACCCAAAAGCCCCAAAAGGAAAGAGCCAGUGAGUGCCCACAUUCAAAGUCCGGAGUUCAAGUGGGACGAGUCUGAGGUUCACUCCACCGUGGAGAAAACCAGACCUGCCAUGAAGUCAUCUCCACCUCCACAGGGUCGGUCCAGGUCGCCCCAGAGUAGGUCAGAGUCUAGAAGAAGCUCCAAAGAGUUCAGCAAAGAAAAACCCACAAAAUCUCAGAUGACCUCUGGGAGAGAAACUCGUCCUGCAAAGGGGAGAAAAGACAGUUUCAGCAACUCAAGCGGCCGCAGUUCUUUACGUCGAGCCACAAGCAUGUUUGCCCUGUGUGGUCCUGACGAGAAAGGCCCGCUUCAAGUGGACGUGAGUCCGGUUCAGUCCCAGAGCAGAAAGGAGAGGCCGAUCAAAGACAAAGGCGUCCUGCAGAGACGAUCUUCCGAGGAAACCGAGACCCUAACCCCACUUGCGCGGGCGUUCGUUCCCAGAGACUACCGGCACUACCUGGGGAUGACGGACGGCACCAGCGUCCACGCGUCGCUCGCCCCGGCUGUGAGGGAGGAAGGGUCGGAGGGCAGGCCGCACGAGUUUGCCCCGGUGAGGGCUAGCACCCCAGUGUGCUCCGAGGAGCGCUCCAGCCGGAAGGCCAACAGGCCCAGUCAGCGCCCCCUGGGGGCCAACUACAGCAGCUCAGACACGGGUCAGGAGUCGGCCCAGAGCAGCACCUCGGACACCCGGCCCAGUUCCAGGGCCAGUUCUAACCGUGAAAAUGAUAACGAGACCCACAACCUCGUGAGGAAAGCGUUGAAGCGAGCGGAAGCACGGCCCAGAAAUCUGGCUAAAAGUAUGGAGGACAUCGCAUCCUCGUCAGAGUGGCAAGAAAGGGGACAAGAGCCACCUGCUGAUGUGAGACGUACAAGCGACGUGUCGACAAUCCCAUUAAACUCCUCGUCCUUAUUUUCGGAUCCAGACCAUCUAAAGAAAAUGAGCAAAUCGGUUCCAUCGUUCUUGCAGAAGGAGGACGCUGACAUAGACACUGACUCCACCUUCGAGGACCACAGAGGGAAACUAAUGAUGGGCCGAUCCAUGUCUAACCUCACGGACUCCUCUGGCAUGGCGUCCAUGUCGUCUUUGAGCGGAAGCGUGAUGACAAUGUACAGCGGAGACUUUGGGAAUAUUGACAUUCAGGGAAACAUCCAGUUCUCCAUUAACUACGUUCAGCGGCUCCAGGAGUUUCACAUCUUCGUGGCUGAGUGUCGAGACCUGGCUGCGGUCGACCAGAAGAGGGCCCGGUCGGAUCCGUACGUGAAGAGCUACCUAGUUCCUGACAAAGAUCAUCUGGGAAAGAGAAAAACGUCUGUAAAGAAGAAGACAUUAAAUCCAAUCUUCAAUGAGAUUCUCCGAUAUCGCGUUCGCAUGGAUCACCUCAGGACGCAGACGCUCAUUCUGUCCGUUUGGCAUCACGACACAUUUGGCAGGAACAGUUUCCUUGGUGAGGUGGAUGUAGACCUCUCCAACUGGGACCUGGACCACACCCAGAUGAACUACUUAGCCUUGAAACCAAGAAAUAUCCUUAAUCUAGUCCCAUCAAAUUAUCGUGGCGAGAUGAGACUGGCCAUACGGUUCCUGCCACAGAUCACCCGCAGCGAAGGUUUAGCUAAAGGAACCUCCAACUUUGGAGAGAUUCAUAUUUGGGUGAAGGACUGCAAGAACCUGCCUCUAGUGAGGACCACCAUCGACCCCUACGUUAAAUGUUUUGUGCUACCGGACACGAGCAGGAAGAGUCGGCAGAAGACGCGCGUGCUGCGGAGGACGGCGAAUCCCGUGUUCAACCACACGAUGGUGUACGACGGCAUCAGAGAGGUUGAUCUCACAGAGGCGUGCGUGGAGCUCACGGUCUGGGACCGGGACAGGCUCGCCGGCAACCUGCUGGGGGGUCUGAGGCUCGGAUCUGGAACAGGCAGAAGUUAUGGAGCGGCAGUGGACUGGAUGGACUCUGGCUCCGAUGAGGUGGCUCUGUGGGAGCGCAUGAUGGCAUCCCCUAAUGAAUGGAUAGAAGGCGUGCUGCCGCUGCGAACGCUGAACUGUGCGAAAACGGCCCUCAAAUAGGUGAAACCACACAGAGGUCUCAUGUGUUUUAGGAGAAAAACAAACUUCCAGCUCUUGAGCUGAAAAAAAGAUUUACAGUAAAAAAGACACCAACUGCUUCUUUACUGCUGUUUUAAUACCUUCUGGAAGCUAAAGGCUAAAAUGACAUUUAAAGAAAAGCUUCAGUUGUUGAGCUGCUGUAAAGCAGUGUGUCUGUGAGUCACACCACUAUAAUGCGUUGCAACAGUUAGGAGUUAUUGUUCACCCAGCGUCUGCAGCAUAUGUGGAUUUGUUUUCAGAUUUUACUUUCUUUCACACAUAACUUUUGAAAUAGAAGCUUUAAUGUUCUUGAUCUCUGAAUUUCAGUAUCUAUAUUUUUUGAGCGUAUCUGCUACCAACUAAAAGCGUUGUCCCACUUGCAGUAGUUGUCUAUCUUGUAUUAGUAACAGAUCAAUCAAAGUGACUCAAGGAUUUUAGUUUUAACUGGAACUACACUGAACUGGAGUUUAUCUGUCCUAAUAUAACUGUCCUUUAAGCCAUUUAUGCCUUUUUAUGUGGCUGUAUGUCCUGGAAUUCUGGUUUUUCUGAUUAUUUUUGACAGUAUUAUUCAUAUUGAAAUUACUUAUCUGAUUAAACACAUUUAAUGUCGAA